GAUUAUACAUACACGAUAAUCUCAUGGACAAAAUGAGUAAACAGAAAGAUUUGGACAAUGUUACGGAACAAGCAGAUCCUGUAAAAAAACAUGCGUUGCAACGUAACCAAGAAAUGUACAAUCCUUGUUACAAGGAGCAUCUUUUAUCUUUAAAAUGCCUUGAUUCUAAUCAGGAAGAACGUCAGGUGUGCGAAGUAUAUUUUACCAAUUACAGGAAUUGCAAAGAUUUUUGGGCUACUGUGCAAUCUGAACGCAAAUCAAAAGGUAUUACGCCAUAUAUGCCAUCUCUAGAAGAACGCAAAAAGAUAAGGGCUGAUUAUCUAAAUUCUAGAUAGCAAUAAAUGUAUGUACCAUUUUACUUUGUAAAAAUAUCUUUUAUUUCUGUGUUUUCAAUAUGUUUUGCAAUAUUACACUAUAAUAUAUCAUGUAUAAUCUUGAAUAAGCUCUUGUAAGUAUAUUAAAAUCAUAAAAAAAAGUUAAUAUUUGUUAAAUAAAUGUUUUACUAGCUUAAA